CCAUGGCGGUGCCGGUGGCGGAGCCGGCCCGGGCCGGGCCCCGGCUGGGGAUGGCGCUGGGGCUGGCGGCGGGCGCCGGCUUCUGCCUCGGCGUGCUCUGGGUCAUGCGCCGCCGCUCCAAGGAGGCGGCGGGGCAGCCGCGCCCCGGCAAGGCCGUGCCCGUGCCCGGGGCGCUGCUCCCGGUGGGGGGAGCUGGAGCCGCCGAUGGAGCCGUGCCCAGCCCCCUGCUGCUGAGGCAGGACGAGCAGCUGGAGCUGCUGGAGCGCCUGGACUUCGUGGUGAGGAACGUGGCCGAGCUGAGGAAGGAGGUGGAGGAGCUGCGGAACAGCCUGCAGGACCUGGCCGUGGAGAUCGUGGGGGAAGUCAGGACCCACCUGGAAGAAACCCAGCGCGUGGCUCGCCGGAGGAAGUUCCCCUUCUCCAGGGAGAGAAGUGACUCCACAGGCUCCAGCUCCAUUUAUUUCACCACCAGCUCAAGGAAUCCCAACACAGAUGAUGGAGAGAGUGAAGGGGGUUACACCACGGCCAACGCUGAGUCCGACUAUGACCGGGAGUCGGAGCGGGAGAGCGAGGACGAGGUGAGCUGUGACACCGUCAGGACCAUGCGCAGGGACUCCCUGGAGCUGCCCCCCGAGGAUGACCGCUGUGACAUCGUGAGGAGCCUGCACAGGAACUCGCUGGAGCUGCCCCCCGAGGGUGACAGCUGUGACAUUGUGAGGAGCCUGCACAGGGACUCGCUGGAGCUGCCCCCCGAGGAUGAGAGCUGUGACACCAUCGGGGACUCGGUGGAGCUGCCCCUCGAGGAUCAGAGCCCUCUGUCCCCAGAGAUCUCGCUGGAGGAGGGGCUGGGGCAGCUCCUGGAGCAGGCUGACCGCCUGCACAGCGGGGAUGAGCAGGACAGGAGAGAGGGCUUCCAGCUGCUCCUCAACAACAAGCUGGCGUACGCGGGGCAGCGGGAGUUCCUGUGGCGCCUGGCGCGGGCGCACUGCGACAUGUGGGAGCUGACAGAGGACAAGGACGAGAGGAGGUCCUAUGCCACAGGGGGGAAGGAAGAGCUGGAACUUACCUUGCAGAAUUGGGAUCAAAGUGCUGAGUGCCACCAGUGGUUUGCCAUCCUUUGUGGGCAGGUGUCGGAGCAGGAGAGCAUUCCCAAGCGCAUCCAGGCUGGAUAUGUUUUCAAGGAACACAUUGACAAAGCCAUUGCCCUGAAGCCACAGGACCCACAGCUCUACUAUCUGCUGGGAAGGUGGUGUUACCAGGUUGCCCACCUGGGCUGGCUGGAGAAGAGGACGGUGUCGGCGCUGUUCGAGGCUCCCCUGACAGCCACGGUGCAGGACGCGCUGCAGAACUUCCUGAGGGUCGAGGAGCUGAGCCCUGGAUUUUCCAAAGCAGGAAGAGUUUACAUUGCCAAGUGCUACAGGGACCUCGGGAACGCCUCGGCGGCGGUGCUGUGGAUGGACCUCGCCGCGGAGCUGCCAGGGUACACCAAAGAGGAUGCAGAAAGUGAGAAGGAACUUGAGGAGAUGCGCUUAGUCUGUAAGGAAUAAUUUUGGAAAAACUCAUCCCACUGCAGAGACAGUAAAAUUCCAAAUGGAUUUCAUCAUCCUGACAAUUCCAAGUACACUUCAUGGAUAAGCAACGAGAGCUUAGAGGAAAACACCCAGCAGCACAUCCAGGAAAACAUCUUGGCAUUAAUGGGAUAAAAGAGUGAUUUAUUUUCUUUUGCAGAGCACUGCAUGUGUUUGAUUUUAGGAUCCCUAAAAAUGUUACAUUCCUGAAAAAAAGGGGGGAAUGUUUAUAGGUAGAGUUUGUGAUGUAAAAACAUUUGUGAUUAUAUAGAUGUGUGUGUGUAUAUAUAUAUAUAUGGCAGAUGUAUUGGAGAUAGAUACUUUAUGAUAUAAAUAUGUAUUAUAUAUUUUUUUAUGUGUGUGUGUAUAAAUAUAUAUAUAUUUAUUUAUAUAUAUAUUAUAUAUAUAUAUAUAUAUGCACAUAUAUCUUUUCUAUCACACUCUCUACCUGUCAGAAAUCCUUGCUGGUGAGCUCCCAAUUCAUUCCUGAGGAAAACUUAAGCCAAAUUUUUUUCCAGUUUAUUUGUAUUGUCUUUUCCAUACUAAUUAAUGGCAUCAGUUGUAAUAA